CCUACCCUUGUGAGGGAGCACCUAUAAUACUAGGGUUCCUUUGCUUUGCUCUCUCAGUUUGCAAGAAAGGAGAUGAAGGUGAAGAAGGGUUGGCUCGCGGUUCAAGUGGAAGAAGAAGGUGGCGGUGGAGGGUCUCAAAGAUUUGUGAUCCCAAUUUCGUAUCUUUAUCACCCUCUCUUCAAGCACCUUUUGGAUAAGGCUUAUGAGGUUUAUGGCUACCACACCGAGGGUCCUCUCAAACUGCCAUGUUCAGUCGAUGACUUUCUUCAUCUCCGAUGGAGAAUCGAGAAAGAAUCCACUACCCAUCACCACCACCAACAUCAUCAUCAUCACCAUCAUCGCCAACUUCCUCACGCCUUGUAUUUCCAUGCUUGUUAAUUCUAGCUCACUUUUAUACUCUUUCUUUCUUUUUCUUGCUUUUGCUUGUGCUUCUUUCUUUUCUGCCAAGCUUCACCUUUACCUCUUUUUUUCUUUCAAGAAAUAGAGGAAAACAUAAAAAGAAAGAAAGAUUGACACCGCUCUGUAACUACACACUUGGAGAGAAAUAUUACCAUGCUUUAGAGAAGUCUUUGUCUAUGUGAUUUUGCUUAUUUGGAGGAUUGGAUCGAUAUGUUUAUCUCUUUAAA